AUUCAAUCAGUUUCAAUUUCCACCUGCCGAAUACAUUUCCGUUUUACAGUUUAUUUCGGCUGCCGAUUGCCCAAUGCGGCCGGCUGUUUGUAAUUUUUUAAUUUCGACUUGAAUUUCAAAAUUCAAUUAGUUUGCGCCACGCACACCCCCAAGCCCACACACACACAGACGUAUACAUAUCCAGCUUCAGACAGGAAGGAACCAAGGCAUAAAACCGUUAGCUCACAGAUCCUCUGAAAUCGAGGGAGCCAGCUGGGUGCUCCACACCGCAGAUGUCCGCCUGUGUCUGCUCUGGCAUUAUGCCUCCACACUUCCAGAAGCGAAAAGUUAUAGACUGAAUGGGCGGCAGAGACGGGGGAGCCCGAGAGAGAUGCAAAUUUUGUGGUCCGGGGCUUGGGGCGGCCCAAUUUAAGCCCCAUAACUCAGACCGCAGCGUUGGAGAAAUUAGUUCAGCCCAGGGAGUUGCUCCUGCUGCUUAUCGAACGUGGGAAUCAAAGAUUUGAUUUGUGACUGGGCUACAAAAAAUGGCAAACUGCCUGCCAAAGUCAAGAAGAAUAUUCAAUUUAAACACGAUCUGGCUGGAUAAAGUCUAAAAAUUGUUCACUUUUUAGU